GUAUCUCGCGCGCACGUACAAGCAAAUCGAUCCCUACGCCGGCCGGCCAGCCACCUUAUACAUACCACACCAUCGUAGUUCACAGCCAAUUCAUUCCAAGGAGGCCAUGGCUUCACUGUCCCAACUGAUCGCUAGACCAACAACCACCGUUCAGUGCUACCCUUGGUCUCCAUGCUCGAACUCAUCAAGCCUUAAACCUCGCCGCGCUGCCGGACGCGUCCGGUGCACAUUGUCCACGGACGCCACAGGAGGACGCGCAGAGCACGACGGCCCACGGCUUGACCGCCGCGAUGUCCUCCUCCGCCUCGGCACGCUCGGCGCCAGCGCCACAGCCGGCCUCCUGUCGUCCCCGCGACUCGCGGGCGCCGCCCCUGUCGCGACGCCCGACAUCUCCUCCUGCGGCAAGCCGGACCUCGGCCUCCCGCCCAACGCCAACCUCCUGACGUGCUGCCCUCCGCCGUCCAACGCCCUGCCGGUUGACUUCUCCCCGCCCGAUGCCUCCACGCCGCUCCGCACGCGCCCCGCCGCGCACUCCGUCGGCGCGGACUACGUCGCCAAGCUCAACCGCGCCAUGGCGGCCAUGAAGGCGCUCCCGGCCGAGGACCCGCGGAGCUUCGCGGCGCAGGCCAGCAUCCACUGCGCCUACUGCAACGGGUCGUACGGCGUCGAGGGGUUCCCGGGCUCGGACCUCCAGGUGCACAACUCGUGGCUGUUCCUGCCGUUCCACAGGUGCUACCUCUACUUCUUCGAGCGGAUCCUGGGGAGCUUGAUCGGCGACCCCAGCUUCGCGAUGCCGUUCUGGAACUGGGACGCGCCGGGCGGCAUGCGCAUGCCGGCAAUGUACGUGGACCCGAAAUCGCCGCUGUUCGAUCCGCGGAGGGACGCGCGGCACGCGCCGCCGGAGCUGAUCAAUCUCGACUACAACGGGAGGGAGCCCACGUUCACUGACAGGCAACAGGUUGAUCACAACCUCAGGGUCAUGUACCGUCAGAUGGUCUCGCUAAGUCCGACGCCUUCGCUCUUCUUCGGCGGCGCGUACCGCGCCGGCGAUGAGCCGGACCAGGGUCCCGGGCCAAUGGAGAACAUCCCACACGGGCCGGUGCACAUCUGGUGCGGCGACCCGAACCAGCCGGCGGGCGAGGACAUGGGCAACUUCUACUCGGCCGGGCGCGACCCGCUCUUCUACGCGCACCAUGGCAACAUCGACCGCAUGUGGUCCGUCUGGAAGGGCCUGGACCCGCGCCGCCACAGAGACCUCACCGACCCCGACUGGCUCGACUCCUCCUUCCUCUUCUACGACGAGACCCCCAAGCUGGUGCGCAUCCGCGUGCGCGACGUGCUCGACACCGACAGGCUCCGGUACCGGUUCCAGGACGUGCCCAUGCCGUGGACGACGGCCAGGCCGACGGUGACGCCGAGGGCCAGAUCGUUCGGCACGCCCACGGCUGUGGCCGCGAGUGCCAAGAAGGCGACCAAGUUCCCCAUCAUGCUGGACUCGGCCACGAGCGUCACGGUGAGGAGGCCGGUCUCGUCCAAGCGGAGCAAGCUCGAGAAGUCAGCCAAGGAGGAGGUGCUCGUCAUCGGCGGCAUCGAGGUGGACAUGGACAUCGCUGCAAAGUUCGACGUCUUUGUGAACGCCGGCGACGACCACGCGGCGGUGGGGUCGGGCGGGCGGGAGCUCGCCGGGAGCUUCGUGAGCGUGCCGCACCGGCACAGGCACGACAAGAAGGAGAAAAAGAUCAAGACCAAGCUGCGGCUCGCGCUGAACGAGCAGCUGGAGGAUCUCGACGCCGAGGGCGACGAGAGCGUGGUGGUGACCCUCGUGCCACGGCAAGGGAAGGGCAAGGUGAAGAUCGGAAGCGUCAAGAUUGAGCUCAUAGAUUGAUCUCGUCACGUUUCCUGAUCUUGGUGCUGGAUCAUGCAUCUUCCACGUCAACGUCCUAUUUACCUAUUUCCGCUGAGUAUUAAUUGCGACCCUCUCAUGUUCCCGAAGAGAACCAUGUGUCCAUGUGCUAAUAAGGACUUGAUAAAAUCACAAUUGCCGAUCCUUCGUUGACA